AUACGGAGUAUUUCAUAGCUACUGUACAUCGACAUGGGCAUCUUCCCGAACUGCAAGGGCUUGACAGGGACCUUAGCUCUAAAAUAAUAAAUGGCUUCCACUUUCUUCAACAUACUUUCAUCAAGGCUUGCCUACCUUGCUCGGCGUUUUUCCAUUGAAGAAGCAGUGCGUUCUAUCAUCAGCCUGAUUAAGAGAAUAAUUAUUUCUCUAGCAGAAUCGAACCGCUUGCUGCCAGCGGGCAGUCUGUCCUGUAUCAACAGGUUUGAGACACACUCUACCUUGAACUACUAUUGGAACAUUUUCGUUGAACUUAGCCCAUCUUGACCGUCAGACACAAUGAGUAGUUCCGGAGGCGGGGGCUUCUACAAGUACCGAUGCAAGUACUUCUAUACUCACAACUGCCCUAACUGGGUCUAUGUCAACAACUCGCCAUGUCCAACCUGCUGCGCAGAAGGGCGGGACUCUGAGGCUGUACCGUCGGCAGUCAGAAAUUUCUCUCGAGAUGUGUGCGUGCCACAAGCUGCAAAUGGCACGAUUCAUUACACCCUGAUGGAGAUGGUCAACCUGAACGAAGCGAGCAGUGACUGGAGGCUGGUAUACAAGGCGGCACAGAAACCGAUUACGACUGUUGUGACCACCAAUGCUACUCCAAGAGCACCGAUCUUAUCGACGAGCCUUUAAAACAACUGAUAGUGACCAGGUUGGGAGGGAAUUGGAAACACGCGGGAUGGAAGAGAUCUCAAAGUGAAGGAAACAGGGUUGCACAUAACUUUAACGGUAUGAACUGGUAAGGCGAGAUUGUCGGAGAUUGAAGAGAAUACUCACGAAGAAGAUUUCUGGAUAUUAAUGUCAUCAACCGGCAGACUAAACUUCAUGUUCCUAGUAGCUGUGAUGCAUCCUUUUAAUUUUCAACUAGUUAUACUAUCGCAAAUUACCACUCAACGAUGGAUCGCGUAUUUUGCUAUGGAAGACAUGGAUAUCUGGCGCGCA